AGGUGACAAAUGCACCUCAUCUCCAGAAAUUUCUCGAAUUAAAAUCUGUUAAACUUGUUUGCUCGAUCCUCAUUGGCCCUGCCACAUGUCAAUUAGGUUCCUCACAGUCAAAUACUGAGAAAUAUUUUCAUAAAAAAAAUGAACUUUAACAGGAAAAAAUGACUUUAUAUAUUCUAGAUUAUUAUUCUUGAGCCACAACCUCAAUUAUAGAAACGGAGUAAAAAUGGAGUGUCAUGAAGAAAAAAAAUCCCCAAAUCCUCAUGCUGUGUGCAUACCAUUUCCAUCACAAGGCCACAUAAAUCCUAUGCUAAAACUUUCCAUUCUCCUUCACUCCAAAGGCUUUCACAUAACAUUUGUCAACUCAGAAUAUAAUCACAAGAGAUUAAUCAAAUCCAAAAGCCCUUCUUUUCUUGAAAAUAAUUUCCAAGAUUUCAUCUUUGAAACAAUUCCAGAUGGACUUCCUCCUAUUGAUUCUAAUGCUACACAACAUAUUCCUUCUCUUUGUUUAUCCACAAAAGGAAAUUGUUUAGCCCCAUUUAGAGAGCUUUUAAUCAAGAUUAAUAAUUCAUCUGAUGUUCCUCCAGUGACUUGCAUAAUUUUUGAUGGAAUUAUGACAUUUGCUUUAUUGGCUGCUCAAGAAAUUGGUGUACCAAGUGUUAGCUUCAGAACUACAAAUGCUUGCAGUUUCAUGUGCAAUAAACAUUUGCCUCUCCUUAUUGAAAAAGGAAUUCUGCCUCUAAAAGAUGAAAGUGACAUAACAAAUGGGUAUUUGGACACGGUAAUAGAUUUUAUACCAAGUAUGAAAAAUCUUCGUCUUAGAGAAUUUCCCAGCCAAAUCAGAACCACAAAUAUAAAUGACAAAAUGUUGAAUUUCAUUAUGGGAGAAACUGAAGGAGCUUCAAAAGCAUCAGCUAUUAUUUUCCACACUUUUGAUUCACUUGAAUUUAAUGUGUUAAACGAUCUAUCCUUAAUUUGUCCUCCACUUUACACAAUUGGACCUCUUCAAUUACUCACUGAUCAACUACCAGAAAAAAGCCUUAAAUUCCUUAGAGCAAAUUUAUGGAAAGAAGAUGAGGAUUGUGUCCACUGGCUAAAUUCAAAAGAGGAAAAAUCAGUGGUUUAUGUGAAUUUUGGUAGCAUAACAGUAUUGACAAAAAAACAACUCGUGGAAUUUGCAUGGGGACUUGCUAAUAGCAAGAAGAAUUUUUUCUGGGUAAUUAGGUCUGAUGCAGUUGUUGGUGAUGAUUCUAUAAUGUUACCAAGUGAAUUCGUCGAAGAAACAAAAGAAAGAGGCUUAAUUUCAAGAUGGUGUUACCAAGAACAAGUUUUGCAACAUUCAUCAAUUGGUGCGUUUUUGACUCAUUGUGGAUGGAAUUCAGUGAUGGAAAGUAUAGGAAGUGGUGUACCGAUGAUUUGUUGGCCAUUUUUUGCUGAUCAGCACAUAAACUGCAGGUAUGCAUGUUAUGAAUGGGGUGUUGGUAUAGAAAUUGGCAAGAAUGUUAAGAGAGAUGAAGUUGAAAAGAUUGCAAGGGAAAUGAUGGAUGGAGAUAAAGGUAAGAAAGUGAAGAAAAAGGUAAGUAAGUGGAAAAAAUUGGCAAAAGAAGCUACUGGAAUUGAGGGUUCAUCAAGCUUGAAUUUAGAUAAAUUAGUGAAAGAUGUACUUCUAUCCAAUUAUUCAGUUAGUAAUUAGGUGAAGAUUAUCAAAUUGGAGUUGAUGUCUCAUUAAGAAAUUUGAUUUCCUCAAUAUAUCUGUUAACUCAUUUUAUUCUUCAUUG